AUGGCUCUCGAGACCGCUCCUACUCCCGUCCCUGUCGAUGACUUGACCAAGAUUGCCACAGAAGCCUGUGAUUCUGCGCUUGGACAGGCCGAGGGAUACGAACACACCCAAGUUGGAACAUGGAACUCUGAGAUCAUUAACGCCAUCCUCAAGGCCCUCAUUACCGCUACCACACCCUCCACACCCAACACACCGCCUCCAUUCCGGUUCACCGUGAACAGCACCAUUGUGCAACAAGGCUUGAUCGAUAAAUCUUCCGCAGCGGACGGUUCGGCUGCCAACACCGGAAAGCGCGGUAUGCACUCUGCCUCCGGUGCUUACUGGGACGUCAACCGCGAUGGAAUGUGGACAUUCAAGUACCCCGCCGCCGAAGCCAAGGGGCUGGACGUCGUCGUGAGCGUGACAUGGUUUGCGCUGGGUUAA